AUGCCACAUACAACCAAUUUUACAUUUACCUGGCCAGCUGGUCCCAAUGAUGUCAUCGUUACAGGUACAUUUGAUGAUUGGAAGGGGUCUAUACCUUUGGUGAAACUUUCCUCUGGUUCUUUUGAAAUAAGUGUGCCCUUUACAGAGCCUCCAGAAGACGAAGAUGAUACAAUAUAUUUCAAGUUUAUUGUAGAUGGAGAUUGGACUGUAAGUGAUGAAUAUGCAAAAACUAGUGAUGGUUGUGGUUUUGAAAAUAAUUAUAUUCGCAUAAGAGAUAUCAUUGCAACAAAUAAAUUAAUAAAAAAUAAGGUAAAGAUUCCUGAAGCUGGUGGAUUAACAGCUGCUACUACUAAUACUACUACUAGUCAAAAUGCUAAAGCCGACAGUAAUAAUAAUACAGUCCAUAUAUUACCCAUAACUCAACCAAGUAAUAAUCAAAACACAUUUCUUGGGGCUAUUGGAGGUCCAGGACCAGUAGUUCCAGAAAAUGCCCAGAAUAUUCAAGAAUUCUCUGAAAUUAGAGAUGUCAAUACAACUGAAUUAAAUAAUCGUUUAAACAAAGAGUUGAAAAACAAAACAAAGUCAGAAGAUCCAUCCAAUAUAAUGAAUAAAGAACAAAUUAGAAGCAUAAAUAGAGAUACCAGUGAACAUAGAGAAAAUAUUAAUAAGCAUGACGAGAUAGAUCAACCACAAGAUAGUAAUAUCAACAUUUUCAAGCCACAACCAAGAGAAAAUAAUGAGGACUCUUACACUAUCGAAAGUGGAACCCCAAAUAUACAGUCUGAAACAAUAGAAAAAUUUGGCAAAGAAUCUGAACCAAUAACAGUUGAAAAAAGUACUAUAAACAAAACUCAUAACAAUCCAACUACUAAUAUUACACAGCUGGAAGGUAAUACUAAAAACGUUAAAAACGAUACUUCAAAUAAAAAUCCCACAAAACAAGCGGCUUCCUCAGAGAAUAAGACCAAAGAAGAACAAAAAAAACCAAAGAAAGGAUUUUUGGGCAGAUUAAAGAAAAUGUUUACAUAG